AAAUAAUGAACAUCCUUAAACCUUCCUAAUUACACAUUGUGACAACAAGGAUGACAUUACCGACAUAGCUCGGUGAAUAAGGAGAGACAGUCUUGUUACAUAUAGCGCGUUUGACAAGUUUACUACAUAAAAUGGCUCGAUCCGACGAAACACAGAAAGUAUGGAAGGAGGCGUUCAGUUCACAAGAUGAUGACAGUGACGGUUUAAUCAGCGUCGGUAAAUUGGAAACCUUGUUAAAAAGCAUUGGUUGCAACCCAUCAGAAGAAGAUGUACAAAAAGUAAUCAGCAAAUCUAACAAAACAGUUGAUGAUAAGAUCGAUUUUGACGAGUUUGCGUUGAUGAUGGACACCUACGAACAAAUACAAGUAGAGGAAAUGAUGCUUCAAACCUUUCGAGUCGUGGAUCAAGAUGGUGAUGGCUUUAUUUCUGCCCAGGAGUUGCAGUCUGCAAUGUCUGAUAUGGGAGAAAAUGUAACAGAGGAGGAAGUCAAAACUAUGAUUGAAUCGGCGGAUCUCGAUCUCGACGGACAAAUUAACUUUAAAGAGUUUUUACGAGUUAUGUUAUACAAAGUUUAGACGGAUGGUCUAGCAAAUACCGUAAAACUUUUCUAGGAAAUAAAAACAACUGUGAUAACAAUUUU